AAAUGGUGUAAAAAUAAUUAUUUAAAAUACUUUGAAAGAAAAAUCAGAUAUUAAAACGUAUUUCAAAUGAGUGAUUCAGCUGAUGUUAGAGAUCGAUCCAGAGAACGUGAUCGAUCACGUAGAGGUGAGAAGCCAUCACGAUUCUCUGAUGGUGGUCGUGAUCGUAGUCGCGAUCGUGGAGAUCGAAAAUUUGAAAAAAGAAAUUCAAAUCGUCGUGUAUACGUCUCAAACAUUUGUUACGAAUACCGUUGGCAAGAUUUAAAAGAUCUUUUCCGAACUCAUGUCGGUGAUGUUGCUCAUGUCGAAUUAUUUGUUGAUGAAAAUGAGAAACCACGUGGUUGUGGUAUUGUAGAAUUUACGGACGAGAAAGCUGUCAAGAAAUGUUUAUCAGUUAUGCAUAGAUUCGACUUAAAAGGUCGUAAACUUGUUGUGCGUGAAGAUAGUGGAAAUGAACGGGAUAAGUAUGGUAAUAUUAUCAGUAAUAAUCGUCGAUCGGAUCGAGCUCGAGAUCAUGAGAAUCUCCCAGAUUUACGUGAUGAAAUACGUCUUGAUCGUGGUAGCAAUCUUCCAUCGCUGAUGAGUGCUAACACAAAUUUGGGUGAUAAAUGGGGUAACACAUAUGGUCUUAGUCCUCAAUUUUUAGAAGAAUUGGAUAUUAGGGGCCCCCUUUUACAUCGUAUCUUUGUUGCUAAUUUGGAUUACAAAGUUGAUGAAAAGAAACUUACAGAAGUAUUUAAGUUAGCGGGUAAAGUUUUGAGUGUUGAAUUAUCACGAGAUAAGGAUGGGAAUAGUCGAGGUUUUGCUGUUAUCGAGUACGAUCAUCCUGUUGAAUCAGUCCAAGCAAUUUCCAUGUUAAAUGGACAACAGUUGUAUGAUCGUAAACUUAUUGUUCGUAUGGAUCGUGACAGGAACGAAGGACCUCCUAAAUUACCAGAUGGUUUAAAAAGUAUUGGUUUGGGUCUUGGUCCUAAUGGAGAUCCAUUACGUGAUGUCAGUCGUAAUCUACCUUCAAACACAAGCGGUGGCUCAGAUAGUUUAAAUGCCAGCUCAAGUAUCUUAGGCUCAGUGCCAGCCUUACAUUCGUUGAGCAGUGGAAUCGGUUCUUCUGCUUUGAGUAACGUUGUUGGUGGUGGUUCGAGUCUUGCAAAUCUUGCUAGUUCACAAGCCGCUGCAUUACAGGCGAGUUUAGCCAGUGUUGGAGGAUUAACAAAUCCAAAUCUAACAGUCAAUUUAGGUAGUGUUGCUAAUGAAUUAGCAUUAGCAAAUCUCAGCAAUUCAGGAUUGAAUGCGUCCCUUCUUUCCAAUUCAGUGGCACAAAAUACAUCUUUAGCAUCAUUGGCACAUAAUUUAGGCAAUCAAAGUGGUUUAGGUUCAUUGGGGGGUAAUGCUAGUGGAUUAGGUUCUGGCGGUAUGAGUUCAGGUGGUGGGGGUAUGAGUGGAAAUAGUUAUUCCCGACACGAUUCAGGGAAUUACAAUUCAGGCAAUAGUGGUAGCCAAGGUGGAGCUAGCCGUUAUGCCUCGUCACCCAGUGUACAAGAUCGAAUGGCCAGUCGAGAUUACAUGGAAAGUCGUGAUUAUGAUUCCUUACCAAAUGGUGUGCUAGGUAGUCGCCGAAGUUACAGUCAAGAUAUGAAAGCAGAUGAUUAUAAAGAUUUUCGAUCGGCAUCUAUUUAUAGUACCGUGAAUAAUGGUUCACAAAGUCGGUCAAUGAGUGGUGGAGGAGUUGGUGGUAAUGUUCAACCACAAUCUGGGGGUCAAUUCUCAAGAGGAAUUAUUAUUAGUAAUUUACCGCCAUCGGCAUCAUGGUCUAUGUUAAGAGAGAAAUUUAGACAGUUUGGUGAAAUUACAUAUUGUGAAAUGAAAGGGAAUGAUGUGGGUGUUAUACAAUUUUCAGAUGUUCGACACGCUAAAGAAGCAGUUGAAAUGAUGGAUCGUGCACGAGUUGAAGGACGUACAAUCGAUGUUCGUUUCUUUUAAAUUCGUUCAUUUGUUUAUAAUUCUUUCGUUUGUUUUUUUUUUUUAUUCAAUAUGACGUAUUAUUUCUCUGAUGUAUUGUUUUUCUUUUGUUUAUUUGUAAAAAAAAACUGUUCCAUUCCUUUGUUUAUUUUUGUGUUGUAAAUGAUUCGAUCUCCUCUUUUUUUAACCGAUAUUCG